AACCUACAUGUAAUAUUUUUUUUCUUUUUGGUCGCAGUUUUUCAAAAAGGUCUUGCAUGCAGCCGGGCUUUUAGCCUGCACUUUGUACAUCCCCAGCCCUUGAGACAAUGCACUACCAGUAGGUGGAGGCUCUUCCUCCCUCUAGCCUCCGUUUCUCCCCACUGCCCCCAUCAGUUCCAGAGUUCCCUAUGUUAACCCUCUUGAGCAUGUUUUACUAUAUCUGUCUGCGGCGGCGCUCCAGGAGUGGGACUCGAGGCGAGGCUCUGACCAGUCGGCGGGCUGUGGAAUCUGGCCAACGAGCGGUCUUGCCAGUCAGUGUGGAGGUGGAGCAGUAUGCCAAGGAGGUUCUGGACUUCAGCUCCCACUAUGGCAGUGAGAAUAGCAUGUCCUACACUAUGUGGAACCUGGCUGGGGUACCCAACGUCUACCCCAGUUCAGGGGACUUCACCCAGACAGCUGUAUUCAGAGCUUAUGGAACAUGGUGGGAACAGUGUGCCAGUGCUCCGCCACCUUUUCGCCGCACCCCUAAAGGCUUCUACAGCCAGGAUUACAUUGAGCUGGGCUUUGAAGAGCCUGUCUACCCUACAGCAGUGGAGGUGUUUGAGACCUAUUACCCUGGAGCCAUUGUUCAGAUCCUGGCCUGCUCUCACAACCCUUUCUCCCAGAACCCACCCUCUGAUGUCAGGUGGGAGGUGCUGUGGUCAGGUGAGCCCACUAAGGUGCUGACACCCCAGGCGCGCCAGUUUUCGCCCAAAAUCAAGCAUAUCAACUUCCCCACCAACCUGCUUCGUUUGGAGGUCAACAGCUCUCUGCUGGACUACUACACCGAGCUGGAUGCUGUGAUCUUGCGGGGUGUAAAAGAGAGGCCCAUGCUGGCUCUCUAUAAGAUGCCCAUCAUUGACAUUAGUGACCUGAGUGACAGCGAGGAGGAGCUGUCUGACGUGGGAGGUCCUUACAGGCAAGGAGGAGACGGCAAGCACCAGAGGACAGGCAAUGGCUACUUUGACAAACUGCCAUAUGAGCUCAUCCAGCUGAUACUGAGCCACCUGACCCUGCCAGACCUCUGCCGUCUGGCCCAGAGCUGUAAGCUGCUGCACCAGCACUGCUGCGACCCGCUGCAGUACACCCAGCUGAGUCUGCAGCCCUACUGGGCCCGGCUGAGUGACGCCUCCCUGGGACACCUGCAGAGCCGCUGCACCCUCCUCCAGAGGCUCAACCUGUCCUGGACCGGCAACCGUGGAGCUCUCACCCUGACGGGCUUCAGCAGUUUCAUGAAGGCCUGUGGUCUCAGCUUGGUCUGCCUGGAAAUGUCGUGUUGCCACUUCCUGAAUGAAGCCUGUCUGGAGGUGAUCUCCCAGACUUGUCCUGGACUACAGGAGCUCAAUCUGUCCUCCUGCGAUCGCCUCCACCCGCAGGCCUUCACGCAUAUCUCCAAACUUACACGUCUCCGCAGGCUGGUGCUUUACCGCACCAAGAUAGAGCAAACAGCCAUCUUGAGCAUCCUGACUUUCUGCAUCGAGCUGAGACACAUCAACCUGGGGAGCUGUGUGAGGAUUGACGACUAUGAUGUUGUGGCCAGUAUGCUGGCUGCUCGCUGUCGCUCAUUGUGCUCUCUGGACUUGUGGCGCUGCAGAAACCUGACAGAUCGAGGCCUGGCUGAGCUCGUCUCAGGCUGCAGGAUGUUGGAGGAGCUGGAUCUGGGCUGGUGUCCCACACUGCAGAGCAGCACCGGAUGUUUCCAGCACCUCGCCCGCAGCCUGCCACGACUACGCAAGCUCUUCCUCACUGCUAACCGCACCGUCUGCGACUCAGACGUAGAGGAACUGGCCACCAGCUGCCCCUCACUGCAACAUCUUGACAUACUGGGUACACGGUUGGUGAGUGCUGCCUCUCUGAAAAAACUCCUCCAGUCAUGUCCUCGACUUCUCCUCCUGGAUGUGUCGUUCUGCUCGCAGAUAGACAUGCGGGUCGUCCAGGAGCUCUCUGUCCUCUUCCCCAAUGUGGCCAUCAAGAAAAGCUUCACUCAGUGACACAGCAUCAUCUCAUUUCUCACUGCCGAGAGUAGCAAGCGGAGGGAGGUGCUCGCCAGCCGAUACUGCCCCAAAUUGACUCAGAGGCAGGUCAGAUGCUGGAGGAGAUUGCAGACCUGCCUUUGCCUGUAUCCUGGACAAGAUCUUCUUACAGUGAACUGGGACGAGGUGAGGAGGUUCUUUGGAUUUACUGACUGAACACAAACAACCACAGACUCCCAGUCACAGGAUUUUAAGGCGUGAGACGUUUUUUUUUUUGUUAUGUCGUGGACACUUAAAAUCAGGGUCGUCGCAGUAAAGCUGUUACAUCUUCCCAGAAUAUGAAUCACCACUUACAGUACGUAUUGCCAAACAACACAUGGAAAAGAAAUAUGCCUUGGUACUAGUUGCAAGACACAAAGCAACAUUUAUGAGCAAUCCUCUCUUGAACAUCUGUUGGAGCUGCGAAAUGGGACACAAAAAGUACCUUUACUGGAAAUUUCAAAAAGUCACAUACUCAUGUUAGCUAAAGAUCAGGGCAUUGUCCGUGUCUUGUCAGAAUGUGGAACAUGUGUACUGAUGUAUUAGAUGAAGAUCAUUCUGAAGGCAUUCAGGUAGUUUGAUUUACUGAGAGGAAAUAAUACUUGAGGCUGCUGUCUUAUCAGGAGCUUUGAAAACAAAUGAGUGAAUGCAGCCUUAUUGCAUGCAGCGUACUCUGGACACUGUCAUUUCAGGCUUCAAUGCAAGUGUCACAGGUUCCUUUGUGUUGCUACAAACUGCUAAAUCAUACACAAGGCUCUCAUGCUGAAGUACCAUCAGCUGUCCUUGUACCGAGAUUCACUGACUGCAUAUUUUCAUUUACAAAAAAAUGUGUGAGGUCUUGUGAAAAAGCAAGCAAAAGCAUUUGUUCUAAUUUACACAUUUGCUAUAAAUGCAAAAAUAGAAAUAACACCCAAAGACAUCAACACAAAACAGACAGGCUGACUCAUCUGAAAUAAAAGCACAGAGGAGUAACACAGUUCUUCUCAGACCCUAAUCGUCUUAAAUCCAAAGAUACACAAUUUGAAUUGAUAUAAAACCUCUAUUUCUGCUCUAAUUGUUAUUAUCAACCACAUAUGUUUGGCAGAGUCUCACUACAUUUUAGACACUUCAGAUAGAUAGAAAAAUGUAAUUAGUUGUGGUGUUGAAUUAAAUCUAUGAUACAAGACCUGUGUUCAACUAAACGUGAGGCCUUUGUUGGAUUAAUGCAGAGAAAGUAAACUCAUUUGCCUGUUUUUGAUCAGUUUCUGUUUAAAUCUGCUCCUCAAAGGUCAAGUGACUGAUUCUAAUUCAAUACAGUUUUUUUUUGUUAAACUCAGUGGAUAUCUCCUCACGUUCUGCUAGAUGUUCGUUCUGUAUCUGGUGUAAUCUGGCGUUCAUACACAACCCUGGCUUUGUAAACGGGGAAACAAAGUGUCCCAGACUGAGGGACACAACACGACUGAGUGGGGAAAUAGAAUAUACUUCAGGGGCAGUGGUAGCAAAUAACUCUGGCACAUGCUAUCUAAAUAUGCUAACUAGCUAAAUAUCAAUAAUCUGUCUCCAGAAUUACAGACUACACCUUUAACUAAAACAGGGUGUUCCGUUACAUCAGUUCUUUGGUAUAUCGAACGCUUCACUGGCUAAAGCAAAAAUUCAUUUGUUUAGGUCAGCUAGGCCAGUGUUACAGCACUUGAUAACUGAACUGUGUUUGCUUCUGCCUCACAGGUCAUUCAUUUCAUUUGGUUACGAUUAUCUUGGUCAUUUGAAGGAAGUUAAGAGCGUUUGGCUUUUCGGAUAUGGAUGCUGGUUUUGUAUCCAAACUAAAUAAGGAAGUUUGAAAGUCACUGUUUGUGCAUUGCUUUCUUGAUGUGCUUUUCCUGCCACUGCUGUUAGACUACAGUCGAGCACUUGCACGCUAAAGUGAAGUUCCACUGUUGAGGAGUACUGUAAAUCAAGCUGGUCAAGGUGUGCUAAAAUGACACGUUGUAUUUACUAUAUGUGACCUCAGUAUUUGUCCUCAAACUCAGGGGUUAUGUAUAUCUUAUUACCAUUAUGGAUAUUGUUUUUUUUUGUUUUUUUUAAAUAUGUUUUACUCCGGAAACCAGCACAACGGACGUUUUUACGUAAAACACCACCAGACUGAAUCAGCUUUGAGGUUGCCUGCCUUUGGUGUUGCUCUUAAACAACAAACACACACGACACAAACGAUCAGUUAGCACUGAUGUAACUGAGACAAAAAAUAGAGGUUUCACUGGGUGUUGCAGUAAUUGUAUGAUUGUGAAAAAAUAUAGCUGUUGCUGAUUAUUUAAUUUUUGUAAUAUAUGAGGAGGUGGUUGUGGUGUGGCAGAAGUGCUUGAAAAGCAUUUCUUUUCUUUUCUUUUUUUGAAAAAAAAACACUUGGAAGUUUUCUUUGAAGCACAUGCUACUAGUCAAUAUUUGUGCCUUAUACUCCUGUUUGAAUGUGGUGUGACGUCCAAGUGCUAUAGAGUGUAGUGAAGUGCUUUGCUUUUUCAACCAAAGUAAUACACAAUAACCUGGUCAUCAGUCUCACAACUAUAUCUGACCAGUUUAUAUGCCAUAUACUGUAUAUCAGCCAUCUUAAUUAAUAUGCAAAAUUAUAUUUAUUUAUAUUUCCCUCUUUAAAAAAUGUUAUUUAUACUCACUACCCAUAGAAAUAGCAAUAUACAAUUACAAUGGGAAAUAUCUUGUUUUUGUUUUUUUGUUCCAUAUUUAGCCUAGCUUAGCACAAAGAAUGGAUGCCCGUCUUUAGCCCACUGUUAUUUAUGUGUUGUAUGUUAUUUAUUGGAGAGAUGCUGGAGUAAGAUGUAAAAAGAGGAUCCUUUAGUUUUAAAAGCGGCUUGCUUGUUAAAUGUUACUUACCAGUCGGACUCACCAUUUCCACUUCUACUUUCUGAAUCACAGUCCUAAAAAUCCCCUUCACUACAGGAAACAACAACACACUGAAAAUGUCAAGCUUAAUCAAAUUUUCCACCAAAACAGUCCCCCCCCCCCAUCAACACUGUGACAACGGGUCUGGCUAGUCAAGACUACCUACCUAACAUGAAGCAUCACAGCAGUUGUGUUCAUAGAGUGGGAUUACCAGGCAGGUUGUGUACUCGACUCUGUGAGCUGUGAAGCUGCUUGAAUAUUUAUUUUUGUGUUUAAUGGCACAGUGCAGGCAAGAAGUGACGGCGUCAAUAUUUUUUCUUUAUAUAUUGGAAUUUUUUUAUUUUUUUUUAAAUGGGAAUGACUUUAGGUUCUGCAAUUACAAAGUUGUUGUUGUUUUUUUUUUUUAAAUCCUGGCUUGCUGUGGUGUUAGAAGCUUAACUAAUCCUUUCUGUGUGCUAAGCUAGGCUAAACAUGCUCCAGACCAGUCCUCCUACUGGUUCCCCAGACUUCAAAUAGAUUUCAAUCUUCCUAUCUGCCAGUCUUUGGAAAAGCCCAAAAUGUUAAACUGUUCCUUUAAAACCUACCCACAGAAUGGGUGUGGUAGCACAUGAUGCAAAUGUUGCUUCAGUUGCAGCUCAGAACAAUCGUAUUAUAGCUGGUUGACUGGAAGCCAAGGAGUGCAAAUAUCACAUUUGCUUGGCCCACCCAAAUCCAGGCUGUAAUUUCAAGUACAUUUUAAUGUAUAAUAAUUACAUCACUAAUGACUAUAGCAACACAAUUACAACACUGACAAUGUAUACUGUGUACAGCAUUCAUGUGUUAAAGCAAACCUUUUAAAAAUGAACACCAGUCUUACAUUGUUUGACCAGUGUAGCAGGUUAGUUCAACACUUGUAUUUUGUCCCUGCCUUGAGUGACUGCGGUGUCCCUGCUUUUCUGUAAUGAAUACGCAUUCUGUCUUCUUCCACUCUGGAUGUGUGAUCAACUUUUGUGCCAUGCACUGGUAGGACACGUGGCAACGCUCCCUGUGCUGCAGUGCGAAAAGACGCCGUUGUGUGAAAAGAUUGUGCCUCUGUCAUGAUGAAACUGGGUGCUUCACUUUCACCAGGUUUUAAAUAAACUGAAGGCUGAUGACUGAU